AUGAGAGAACAAGGAGAAGGAGCCAUCACAGCUGUGUGUACUACACUUAAAUUGCCCAUGCUCUCUCCUGCUGAGAUUGCCUUUCUCAGUGAAUAUGUCAAGAUAAUGUGUCCUGUUGCAAAGGCAAUUGAUGUUCUUCAAGGAGAGACCAAUGUGCAGAUGGGUUGGCUCAUUCCCACUAUUACUCUUCUCAAGACUAAACUACAACACCUUCGACUCUCCUCCAAGUGCUGUGUGCCGCUCAUAGAUGCUCUUCAAUCUGGACUUCAGAAGCGCUUUGGUGAGAUGCUCAAGGAUCCUGAGCUCAUUGCAGCUUCCAUUCUGGUGCCCAAAUUCAGAAGAUGCUGGACCACAGAUGAGGGCCUUCUACAACUCGGUGAUUUGGGCCUAAGUACCGCGCUCGCCCUGGGACCUGGCUCGUGGCUGACCUUGGCCGCCGGUCAGUGGCAGCAGAGGGUGGAGGGGCAUGGAGCCGGGGAGUCAGAUGAGGAUGUUGGCAAAGGACUGAGGCUGGUUAUCACAGGCAGGUGA